AUGUGGUCCAGUCGCACAGAAAUAAAUCACACACUGGAUGGUGUCACAUCAAGCAACGAGGAAUUCGCGAGUGCCCACAACAGCGGCAACACUUCCUUUACUGCCACCAUGGAAGACGCUCAAGUUCUCGAGGAACUCUCGUUCAGCACCCUGUCUCUGGUGCAAGUGAUCGUCUAUUGCAUCCUGUUCAUCGUUGCUGCCGGAGGAAACGUGCCCGUGUUUGUCACGCUGCUUCGCAAUCGUCACCGCAAGUCCCGCAUCAAACUCAUGAUCAUGCACCUGGCCAUCGCCGAUAUGAUCGUGACGUUCGUGAUGAUACCGGUUGAGGUGAUUUGGCGCAUCACGGGUCAGUGGGUGGCUGGUGACUUGAUGUGCAAGCUGAUGCAGAUGAUGCGUGCCUUCGGACCGUACCUUUCUUCGGCCGUUCUGGUGUGUAUCAGCGUGGACCGAUACUUCGCCGUGCUGCACCCACUCAAGGUGCACGACGCGCACCGACGGGGAAAGAUCAUGCUCGGCGUGGCCUGGUACGCCAGCCUCGUGUGCAGCGUACCGCAGGCGGUGAUCUUCCGCGUGAUGGAGCAUCCGGCGAUGCCCGGCUUCUACCAGUGCGUGACGUUCGCCUUCUUCGCGGUGCCAUGGCACGAGAAGGCCUACAACAUCUUCUGCCUGCUCGCGCUGUACGGAGUGCCGCUGGUCGCCAUAGUGGUCUGCUACUGCCGCAUCCUAUGGGAGAUUCACAAGCAGUCCAAGGAAUCGCAUAUCGACCAACUCAUGAAACCAGAGCAACAACCGGGCCGGCUUCGGCUUCGGCGCUCCGAUGUCCGGCACAUCACCCGUGCCCGAAAUGCACUCUGACGCUUGACCAUCAUCAUUGUGCUCGCAUUCUUUCUGUGCUGGACGCCGUACGUGAUCAUGGUGCUCUGGUACCAGAUCGACCCGGAGAGCGCCAGCAAAGUGGACGGCUACGUGCAGUCCUCGCUCUUCAUGUUCGCCGUCUCCAACUCGUGCGUGAACCCGCUCGUGUACGGCAGCUUCACGUCCAGCUUCCGCAAGGCCUGCUGCCGAGGCUCGUGCUUCUGGACGCUAACACGCGCCACGGCCAAUGCAAGCUGUACCAGGAAGCCCUCGAAGCAAACGGUCAAUUCGUGGGUGCCCACCACACCCAUCCAGAGGGUGGAGUUCACCCGGGACUGCUGCUCGAUGUGUUCGUCUGACGGCCACGAGGGCCGUUCCAUACUGGACAACCACGACGGCCGCAGCUGUCACAACAUGGUGGAGGUGCGGCACACCUCCGUCACCAUGUGCCGUUCUUCCAUAAAUGGUCACGUGAUCAAACAGGCAGCGCAAAGCAUAUGA